AUGGCCAACGCAAGCGCAUCCGCAGGCGAGUCCAUCAUUCUUGAGGAAGAGUAUGACGAGAACUACCAGCCUACCAAAGAGGAGAUUGUCGAGUAUGCCAACUGGCUGGGCAUGGACCUAGAGGCCGAUGCUGAUCUGAUGUGGAUUGCCCAGGAGGGCCUCAAGGCUCCGCUGCCGGCAGAGUGGAAGCCGUGCUCAACGCAGACCGGCGAGAUCUACUACUUUAACUUUUCCAGCGGUGAGUCCAUCUGGGACCAUCCGUGCGACCAGUACUACAAGGAGCUGUUUGCCAAGGAAAAGGCGAAAAAGGCCGAGCGGCUGGCACGAGGUGGCGCGCCACCGUCGGCCUCGCAGCCCUCGCGCAAGCCGCCGCAGCCGCGCUCGAACGGAACUACUGCCCCGCUGUCGGCAGGCUCGGCGCCGAGCGGAAACCUCAAGUUUGGCGCCCCGCUCCGCGGAUCGGCUCUGGCGCCCAUUGGCGCGAGCUCCGGCGGGUCAUCUGCAGCGGGACGGGCCCGACUCGAGCCCAUCGGCGCCAGCUCGGGCUCGGGCUCGGCCGGCCCGUUGGGUCGUGACCCGCUGCCAGAGCGCCCGACGGCCCGCAUGGGCAUGCACUCGAUGACGCGCGAUGAUAUGCCUUCGUCGAUCUCGUCGGCCACGUCGUCGGUUGAGUCGCUCGCCUCGCUCAAGGAUGCGCUGAUCCUCCCGUCCACGUGCCGUGCAAGCCCGGCACCUGCUGUCGUGAGCUCGGAGCAGGAGCGCGAGGACGCGUGGCGGGCUGAUAUGCGCGCCAAGGAGGCCAAGGUCAAAGCAGAGGCAGAGGCAGAUGCUGAGCUUGCAGCCUACAAAGCCACACUCACCGCUGACCUCGAGGCCAAAAAAGCGGCGCUGGCCGCCGAAACGGCGGCCAAGCUCAAGGAGCUCGAAGCAUCCAAGGAAUCGAAGCUCCGCGAAGAGUACGCCAAACUCGAGGCUGCCCGCAAGGAGACCGCCGCCAAGCUUGCUGCCCAGGAGGCCGAGUUGGAGGCCCGCAUCGCCGAGCAGACCAAAGCGCUCGACGCCAAGCUCGAGUCCGAGCUGGAGGCGCUCGAGGCCAAGGCUGCCGCCGCCGCUGCCGAGCGCGAGCAAGAGGCUUCGCAGCAGGCGCGCCUCGCCCAGCUCAAGCACGAGCAGGAGCUGGCCAAGCUCAAGACCAAGUGGCAGAACGAGCAGGCCCAGCUCCGUGCCGCAGAGCUCGAGCGACUGCAGCGCGAGAAGGAGGAAGCGCUCGCUGCCGAAAAGGCUAAGCUCGACAAGCAGCUGCAGGACGAACUCGCUUCACUUGCUUCUGGUGCCGCCACGGUCGCCGAUGCCAAGUCGCGGGUUGCCGAGCUCGAGGCCGAAAAGGCGGCCCUGGCCAAUGAGCUCGCCACCGCCCGCUCCGCCGCCGCAGCCGCAGCCGCCGCCGCGCCCGCUCCCACCUCGGCUUCCCCGUCGUCGGCCGAGGCGGAUGCCCAGGUGACUCAGCUGCGCGACCGCGUCGCGUCACUGGAGAGCAAGCUGCAGGUAGCACACGCCGAGCUCGCUGCCGAGUCGGAGCGCGCGUCAGCGACAGCCGCCGCCGCUGCCCGCGCCGCUGCCGGCCACGAGGCCGAGCGAGCCGAGGCACUGGCCCGCGAACGCGCGCUCCGCGACGAACUUGCCUCUCGCGUAGCUGGGCUCGAGUCGGAGCUUGCCCGGGCCCGCGCCACCGCUGCUAACUCGCCGUCGAGCGCGCCGCCGCCAGAGGUCAUGGCACUCGAGGCCGAGAAGGAGAGCCUCGCGGCGCAGCUCGAGGCGUCCAAGUCGCAAGUAGCCUCGCUCAAGUCAGCGUACGAUCGGGCCAAGGCGCAGUAUGACGCCUCGGCAGCCGAGCUCAACAAGCAGCUUGAGGAACUGAUGAACGCGCUGAGCGAGGCCCGAGGCGAGGCGUCGUCCGCGCGGGCGGCGGCCACGCUCGCCAAGGUGCAGUACUCGGAGACCGAGUCACGGCUGCAGGCGCAGCUCCAGGAGCUGGAGGCUAAGUUGACGGCAGCCGAGGCCAACGAGGCCAAGAGCUCGGCAAAUGCGGGGACGGCAUCUGCCGAGUCGGCCGCCGCUGUCGCCUCGCUCAAGGCGCGGAUCAACACGCUCGAGGCAGAGUUGAAGGAGACCCAGGCGGCCGAGGCUCGCCGCCGCGAGGAAGCGCUGGCGUCGCAGCGCGCGUCGCUGGCGUACCAGUCGCAGCUGCAGGACCAGAUAUCUAGCCUCGAGGCUCAGGCUUCGACCCGCAGCGCCCGGCCAAAGGUUCCUGCCCGAUCCGCGGCAGCGUCAGGCAUGAUGUCGGCCGGUCCGGGUGCGGCAACGCUGGCGGCCUCGGACGCGCAGUUUGAGCACUACCUCUCGCACGGCUUCCACGACUCGGACUCGGAGGAGCCGCGGGCGAGCGGCCAGGUGGCCGAUGCAGAGAGCCACGGCAGCAACUCAAGGUCCGAGGCCGAGACUGCCGGUGAGCUUCUCCGCGAAGAGCUGACGACGCUCGAGGCGGCCGUGGCCGAAGAAAAGCGGGCGCUGGCCAAGGCAAAGGCCGAGGUCAAGGCGCAGAACGCCAAAUUGAGGAACAAGCAGAGCUGGCUCGAGUCGCAGCGCAAAGCGUGGAAGGCCGACGCCAAGGCAAACUCGCAGCCGCAAGUGCUAGCGCAAGUCAAGGCGCGGCUCGAGGCGCUGGCAGCCGACCUCAACCGCGACGCUGGAUACGUCAAGGCGUCCAAGGCGUGGGUGCGUCUCUCUGAAGAGCGCGUCUCGCUGAUGGAUUCGCAGCUCAACGACUCGCGGGUACUUCUCGAUGAGAGCAUGGCGGACGGGGACGAUGUGGACGCGUCGCGAGUGGUGCCGGACCUGGAGCGGAUUUCGAGUCAGCUCGACGAGCUGGCCCAAGUACUGCGCCGCGGCGCCGCGGCGCCGCCGGGCGACGAGAACGCUCAGCCGCCGGUGGCUUCGGCCACACCGGCGCGCAAGUCGCGCCGCAAGCGGUACAAGCGGUACGACACGCCCGGUGCGCUCCGCCUCCACACGCCUGGCGGCUCGACACUCGAGCUCAAGUGGAGCUCGCGGCUCGAGUCUGCGCUGGCCUCGGGCUACGCCGACCGCAAUCGCCUUGCCUCGUUCCUCCGGCACGUCACCGCGUGGACCGACAAGGCCAACGCGACUGCCCGCUCGCUGGCCAAGCACGCGACAUGGCUCGACUCGAUGAAGGACCUCGUUCGCCGUGAAGAGUCGGCCUUUACUCGCGACAUCUUGUCGCGGCGGCGGCUGCACCGGUAAAAGACAUGGUUAUGGGAGUGAUGUGCGGCGAGCCGGGCGGAGCAAGGCGCUCGGGCCCGAUGACGACGACGAGACGGAGGAAGCGGUGAGAUUCGACGACGACGAGGAGGACGAGGAGGAGGCGGCCGAGUCCUCGACUGGCUGGUUGCAGAGCGGACAGCGGCGCGAGGACUUUGUGAGCC